AUGCCUACAUCUCAGGCGGAUAAUGUGUAUUCGACAUCACCACCCUCAGCGUCGCUUGCGAACAGCUCAACCCCAAUAGAAAGACGACCCUCACGAGGAUCCACAAAUCAUGCCUUGCACCGUAGACCAUCAUCAGCAAUGAACUUGCCCGCAUUACAAGUUGAAUGUGUGGUUAAAACCAGAAUUCCAUCAGAAUUUGGCGGAACUUGUAUGCUAUACAUGUAUGCCAACAACCAUGAUACCGUCGAGCAUUUAGCCAUAGUCUAUGGAGAUGAUAUACGGUCGGUGACGCUCGAGGCUGAUCGACCUGGAGAUACAGAGUAUGAUAGGAUGGUGAGGGGUGCGAGGCCCAGAGUUAAAAUAGAUGCUAGUAACAGUGCUGGACCGUCGUCGUCGCAUGAUGCAACCAUAGAUACCCGUAAUGACGACGAAGAUCAAGUCAUGGAAGCAGCUCAAGUAGAAGACGACGAACCGUUAAGAUCUAAUGGUAUACCACUACCUCCAGGCUUCAUACAACCACCUAGCGCUGUAUUGAUGUCUCAAAAGCAUAGUAAAAGUAAACGCCAUAGUCAACAGACGACGAAAGCACAGCAACUGCCACCGCUAGUACGAAUCCAUUCGUGCUGUUUUACUGGUGAAGUUUUGGGGUCAUUACGAUGUGAUUGUGCUGAACAGUUGCAAGAGGCUAUGAAGAUGAUGUCCAUAGAGAAACGUGGGAUUGUGUUGUAUCUGGUGCAGGAAGGGCGUGGGAUUGGGUUGCGAGAGAAACUGAAAGCAUACAAUUUAAUCGACCAAGGCCACGACACACUAACAGCCAACGUCCUCCUCGGCCAUCCACCAGACGCACGAACAUACCACAUUGCAACAGCAAUGCUAAAAGACCUGCAAGUGUCUGAACUCCGGCUCCUAACAAACAAUCCCGAUAAGUUAUCAUCACUAGAGAAUGAUGGUAUAGUCAUGACUGAACGGAUAUCCAUGGUGCCUGCUUCAUGGAAGCGGCUAACAACAAUGGGAUCAAAUGGAUCUGUGCUUGCAUCAGCAAACAUUCAAGACCGGGAUGGAUAUUUGAUGACAAAGGUGGAGAGGAUGGGACAUAUAUUAGAUAUACCGCCACAGAUAUCGUCGGCUGUUAAAGCGCAGAGGAAGGCGAUAAAUAUAAGCAUGUGGACGGGUGGUUGA